AUGUCGCCGGUAUCCGGCAACCUCUACGAGCGCUCCUGGAUUCAGGAGCGACUAACAUAUUUCUUCCGUGAAUCUUGCGUGUCAAUGCUGCCACCCAGCAUCCAGGUCCACGAGGGACCUGGCCAUGUUGUUGGUAAGCUCGCUGACCGGAAACCACGCCGCGUAUUGCGACGCGCACUGUCGUUGCCGUACCCGUUUGAAGGCUUUCGCAGUAACGACAAUUUCUUGGUGAUUGAGAUGAAUUAUGCAUUCGAUUGCAUCCUGGGCAUGCCAUGGUCGGCACACUUUAAGCCCCAGGUCGACUGGUUAGCCAGAUCAGUGAGACGUCGAAGCAAGUUCGACGUCAGCGAAUUGUUUACCCAUCUCUUGGUAUCUCCAAGCAAUUGGCCGAACGUUACAGUUGUGGAUCGUACAUCCACGACACCGGCGGUACACAGAGUGAGCGAUGGCCCUCUCUGUACCGCUCUUUCCGUGCAACUACGCACGAGUGAAGAUAUCUCCUCGAGCAAGGAGUCCGACGUGGACGAGCAGUGGCUCCCGCGCGAAGACGACGCGGUUGAACAGAGGUUCCUGCACAAUAGUGCAGCUGUCGAACACGAACAGGUGUUCCCACCUGCACCCAUUGUGGUCGAGCAGAGGCUCCCACAAGGGCAAGAUGUGGCCGAGAAGGGGUCGUCACCGAGUGUGACGUGGAUGGACAAGAGUCCCCACAGGUUCCCACACGAGCAAGACGUGGUCGAGCAGGGGCUCCCACACGAGUUUGUGGCGGUCGAGCAGGGGCUCCCGCAUCAUGCGUCGACGGACGAGUAUGGACUACUCCCUUCGCGCAGUUUCGACGUCCGGGAUGAGGACAUCCAGCGUCCAGAGGGGUUGCAGAUUUAA